UCACGUGAUAGCUGGUGUAGGUCACGUGAGUUUGUUUUGGCAGACUCGGGACUGCUUGCUCCUUCAAUGGCUAGAAACGAAGAGAAACAACAGGGGAAACUGAACAGACUAUGGCUACAGAAAGAGAGAGAGGAAGGACGGCUUAAAGAUGUGAAUGAGCGUCGGCCCAAACUGUCCGCUCUGAAUUCAGCUCCCUCUGUAAAAAAGUGGAUUCCCAGCAUUAAGAGUGAGAUAGAGUAUUACCUGCAGCAAUCCCAGCUUCCUCAUUACCCGGAGCGGAAGAUAGCUGAGUUCCAGCUGCGCAUCGAGGCUUUGGAGAAAGAAUACAAAAGCUUCAUCGCCAAGCUACGAGUUCUAGACCCCACAUGCAAACACAAGCCGUGGACUCCCAGAGCGUACAGCAAAAGGAGAGCAGAGGCCCAAGACUCACCGGCUGCUGUUAAAAACCCUCGACUUAAUGAGCUGCAUGACAAAGGGAGCCAGGAGAGCAGAGGUGAGAGCGACUUGGCAAGAAAUUCACCCAGAGACUUUAAAUCUUUAGCAACCGAGGAGACCUGCAGCUUUUUAGAGACCAGGUUUCAGGGCCUUGUUUCCACCAGCAGCAUCUCAGACGCCUCGGCGGGGCCCCGUUCAGUCCAGGACCAGCCCCUCUCCUUCGACCAGACACGGCUGGCGGUGGCUGCAGCUGCAUUCAGAGGACCAGCUCUGCAUCAGAGUUCCUCUCAAACACAGAACCUUGCCAGGAUGCUGCAGUCUAGCCUUCCAAAUCUUAGUAAGUUUCACUUACAACAAAGGGUUGACUGUAAGAGCAGGAAACCAGAGAGAAAUGAGGAGUCCAUGAAAGCUUCUGACGUUAAAACAGAACAAAGUGCUGUUCAAGACGACAAUCCAAGCCGUGAAGCCGCAUCUGACUCCAGAACCACAGAAGUGACGAGUGGACAUAUCCUGGGACUUGAUUGCUACUCCUCCUCUGAUGAGGACACUAACACAUAGUCAUUUUUCAUAGAUAAUGGUUUUUACUGUGCUAUUAAGUUACCUAACUUAUUGAACUGCUUGAGAAACCUGUUUUUCUUCAAAAUAUGUAACCUUUAUUAAAACAUUAUUUUUCAUA